CUCCUCCUCAUAUGUUCGUUGCAGAGAGUGCUAGCAAUGCAUCUUUUUAAUGCCAGAUUUAAAGAACGUGAAGGAGAUAUAAUUGGGGCACGCACUGCACUUCUUCAUUGUGACGGAGAGUCAGAUUCUAAUUUUGUAGAAAAUGUAGUAAGGAAGGCUAACAUGGAAAAGCGUCUGGGAAAUUUUGUAGCAGCUACUAAUAUGUAUGAAGAAGCACUGGAAAUGGCUGAACUGAAGAAAAUGAUGAAUACUCUUCCUAUUUUAUAUGUUCACUUUUCUAGACUUAAAUACAUGAUCACUGAUAAUGCAGAUGCUGCAAGAGAUAUCUUAAUAGAAGGCAUCAAACGCUUGCCUAACUGCUGGUUACUUUUAGAGGUAUUUAUGUUCUUUGAGCAUCUAUCUAUUCCAAGCAUUGCUUUUCAAAACUGA